UCGAAUGGCGUUUCUUGGAGCUUCCGGUGUUGGCUACUGAAGCACGCAAUCUUCCGAUGGAGCCGGCGACGGAGAAGAUGAAGAGGGCGCCCUCCAGCCUACUGCUGCGGCGCAUCACGGACAUCUGCAAGGUGCGCUCCGUCGGCGUCGCGCCGACCGUCCGCGAGAAGCUCAAGGCCGACGGCAGCGCCACCGGGGAGAGCAGCGAAGACGGUGCACUCCUGAAAGUCCAUCCGCAUCAGGUGUCCGACCAUGAGAGUGUCUCUGAAUGCUCCUCCGUUCGCUGCGAGGAAGCGUUUGUCGAGAGGCUUCUGGACGCGAUUUCUGGCCUCAAAAUGAAUUAUGUUAAGCUUCAGCAAGCUCUUAUGCCAUAUGAUCCUGAAGAGAUUAUGAUCGCUGAUGAGUGUUUUACAUCGGAGCUUCAAGAAACUGCCGGGUUGAAGGAUCUGUAUGUCGGCAUGAACAAAUGGAGAAAUCCAAUGUACCAUUGUUAUAUGACCUCCAGAAUUCAGGAGCAACAGAAGUUGGCCGUGGAGUUGCAGGCUGGCAUGUGCAAGAGAGACUCUGAAAUUGUUUGUUUGCGAGCGGAGUUGGAUGAACUGGAAAGGAAGAACAUGGAACUGAAGGAGAAGAUCGGUCAGAAUGUGUUGCAUAAAGAAGGAAGGUUUGUAAUUGGCAUGGGAGUAUCAACGGAUAUGUUCAUGGAAUUGUACGAGUUUUCUUCAAAGUCCAUCCAUGAUUUUGCAAAACUCAUCAUCCGUUGGAUGAAACUUUCUCUAUGGAACCUCGGCGACCUAACAUUCCCAAAAGACAAUUCUGUUGUCUAUGAGAAAAGGUCUCACAAGAAGUAUGCUGUUGAGGCCUAUUUUGCUUGUAUGAUGCUAAUGGGGGAGAAAGAGGACUAUCUUUCGCUGGAUAACUUUGAUUAUGUCAUGAGUUUCAGGGAUCCUUUUGAUGCUCUUGUGAACGCCCCAAACUCUUGUUUUGGGAGAUUCUGUCGAGCAAAGUAUCUAGCUACUGUGCCCACUAUUAUGGAGGAUUCAUUCUUUGGAAAUUUGGAUCAUAGAUCAUUUGUUCAGAAUGGCGGCCAUCCAAGGACACCAUUUUAUCAGGCAUUUGUGACUAUGUCACGAUAUGUAUGGGCGUCACUGACCGUUGCACGUUCUCUGAAUCCAAGAGCUGAAAUGUUCCAUGUCAAGAGUGGUACUAGAUUUCGAAGUAAACACAUGGAAUGUGUUCCAGCCAAAAUAACCACAGAAGAAGACAAUGCUAAUGUUGGGUUUACAGUAAUGCCAGGGUUUAAGAUUGGAUGCACUAUCAUCAGGUGCAGGGUCUAUGUGUCUCUGAUCAACUCAAGAAGCUUCUAAACACGUCAUAUAGCUACAGAAUUAGGUAAGCAGAAAGUUAGCUCUAUAUAUAGUAUUUCUAGUGACUUGAGUUUUUGUUGAGCUCCUCAUGUAUUAGUCUAGGGGCAUAAUCUAAUAGAUAGAUUAGAGUGUUAACUUGUUUUGAAAUAUUUGUUGUUAUGUUGAACAUUUCAGCCGUUCAGGUUUAUUUAUGUGAUUCCUUUGUUCAUGAGCAAAUGGAUCAAUCAAAGAAGAAAAAUGUGGACC